UCUCGCCAUCCUGCGCCAUAUUUUGCAUUUUCCACCCCGUCAGGCAAGCGCACGCGUCCGGCAUGCUCGUCCUCUGUUUCUCACGCGACCCUCCGUUUGGGCUCCUCCGCUCCGCCUCCGUCUUCCGCUUCCGCCCCUCCAUCUCCUCCUCCUUCCCCACAACACCAGCUAAGAGAGAAUUCAAUUUUCAAACCAGCCCCAAGGUCCAAAACCCAGCUCACCUUCCUUCCUCCCUCCCUCACCGCCGGCUAAUCCGCCCCCAGAUCUAGCCCUAAAACCCAAAUGCCACUAUGACGACGCCGCGGGCCUCCCAGCGCCGCGGCGGCGCGGCCGCGGGCGGCGCCUCACCGGCGGCGGAGCCGUACAACAUCAUCCCCAUCCACGACCUCCUCGCGGAGCACCCGUCGCUGCGGUUCCCGGAGGUGAGGGCGGCGGCGGCAGCGCUCCGGGCGGUGGGGGGGCUCCGCCCGCCGCCCUACUCGGCGUGGCGCGAGGGCCAGGACCUCAUGGACUGGCUCGGCGCCUUCUUCGGGUUCCAGCGGGACAACGUGCGGAACCAGCGGGAGCAUCUGGUGCUCCUCCUCGCCAACGCGCAGAUGCGGCUCUCCUCCGCCGACUUCUCCGACACGCUCGAGCCCCGCAUCGCGCGCACCCUCCGCAGGAAGCUCCUCCGCAACUACACCACCUGGUGCGGCUUCCUCGGCCGCCGCCCCAACGUGUAUGUCCCCGACGGCGACCCGCGCGCCGAUCUGCUCUUCGCGGGGCUCCACCUGCUCGUGUGGGGGGAGGCCGCCAAUCUCCGCUUCGUCCCGGAGUGCCUCUGCUACAUCUACCACCACAUGGCGCUCGAGCUUCACCGCAUCCUCGAGGGCUACAUCGACACCUCCACGGGCCGCCCCGCCAACCCCGCCGUGCACGGCGAGAACGCCUUCCUUACCCGCGUCGUCACGCCCAUCUACGGCGUCAUCCGCGCCGAGGUCGAGUCCAGCCGGAACGGCACCGCGCCCCACAGCGCCUGGCGAAACUAUGACGACAUCAACGAGUACUUCUGGCGCCGCGACGUGUUCGACCGCCUCGGCUGGCCCAUGGAGCAGUCGCGGCAGUUCUUCCGCACGCCUCCUGACCGCAGCCGCGUGCGGAAAACGGGCUUCGUCGAGGUCCGCUCGUUCUGGAACAUUUACCGGAGCUUCGACAGGCUGUGGGUGAUGCUGGUGCUCUACAUGCAGGCCGCAGCCAUCGUGGCGUGGGAGAGUGAGGGGCUGCCGUGGAGGAGUCUGGGUAAUCGGAACACGCAGGUGCGGGUUCUCACCAUUUUUAUCACCUGGGCCGCUCUCCGCUUCCUUCAGGCGCUACUGGAUAUUGGUACACAGCUCCGGCGUGCUUUCAGGGAUGGCCGCAUGCUUGCUGUGCGCAUGGUGCUCAAGGCCAUUGUGGCAGCUGGCUGGGUUGUGGCGUUUGCGAUCUUGUACAAGGAAGCCUGGAACAACAGGAACAGCAAUUCACAGAUUAUGAGAUUCCUGUAUGCAGCAGCAGUGUUUAUGAUCCCAGAGGUCCUUGCCAUUGUGCUAUUUAUUGUGCCGUGGGUGCGGAAUGCAUUGGAGAAGACAAACUGGAAGAUAUGUUAUGCUCUUACAUGGUGGUUUCAGAGCCGAAGUUUUGUUGGCCGCGGUUUGCGUGAGGGCACCUUUGAUAAUGUCAAGUAUUCUGUCUUCUGGGUGCUUCUGCUUGCUGUAAAGUUUGCGUUCAGCUAUUUUCUCCAGAUCAGGCCUCUCGUGAAACCUACACAGGAAAUAUAUAAGUUGAAAAAGAUUGAUUACGCUUGGCAUGAGUUCUUUGGCAAGAGCAACCGAUUUGCUGUGUUUGUAUUGUGGCUUCCUGUGGUGUUGAUCUAUCUCAUGGAUAUCCAAAUUUGGUAUGCUAUCUUCUCUUCACUGACGGGUGCAUUUGUGGGGCUAUUUGCACAUCUGGGGGAGAUCAGGGACAUGAAACAGCUGCGUCUUCGGUUCCAGUUCUUUGCAAGUGCAAUGUCAUUCAACAUUAUGCCAGAGGAACAGCAGGUGAAUGAACGCAGUUUCUUGCCCAACCGGCUUCGAAAUUUCUGGCAGAGGCUACAGCUACGUUAUGGCUUCAGUCGAUCAUUCCGGAAAAUCGAGUCAAAUCAGGUGGAGGCACGGAGAUUCGCUCUUGUUUGGAAUGAGAUAAUUACUAAGUUCCGGGAGGAGGACAUUGUUGGUGAUCGCGAAGUUGAGCUUCUUGAGCUCCCACCUGAGCUGUGGAAUGUGCGUGUAAUCCGCUGGCCAUGUUUCUUGCUCUGUAAUGAGCUAUCACUUGCACUUGGUCAGGCAAAGGAGGUAAAAGGACCUGAUCGCAAGCUUUGGAGGAAGAUCUGCAAGAACGAUUAUCGUAGAUGUGCAGUGAUUGAGGUAUAUGAUAGUGCAAAGUACUUACUGCUUAAGAUAAUCAAGGAUGAUACUGAGGAUCAUGGGAUUGUGACACAAUUGUUCCAUGAGUUUGAUGAAUCCAUGAGCAUGGAGAAGUUCACUGUGGAGUACAAGAUGUCUGUACUGCCAAAUGUGCAUGCAAAGCUUGUUGCUAUAUUGAGCUUACUUCUGAAGCCUGAGAAGGACAUUACCAAGAUUGUCAAUGCUCUGCAGACUCUCUAUGAUGUUCUGAUUCGUGACUUCCAGGCUGAGAAAAGGAGCAUGGAACAACUGAGGAAUGAAGGUUUAGCACAGUCAAGGCCUACGAGGCUUCUCUUCGUGGACACUAUUGUUCUGCCUGAUGAAGAGAAGAACCCCACCUUCUAUAAACAAGUAAGGCGCAUGCACACAAUCCUGACCUCAAGGGAUUCUAUGAUCAAUGUCCCAAAGAACCUUGAAGCUCGUCGAAGGAUUGCUUUCUUCAGUAAUUCGUUGUUCAUGAACAUACCACGGGCCACCCAGGUGGAGAAGAUGAUGGCCUUCAGCGUCUUGACGCCAUACUACAAUGAAGAGGUGUUGUACAGCAAGGACCAGCUCUAUAAGGAGAAUGAAGAUGGCAUCUCAAUCCUGUACUAUCUGCAACAAAUCUAUCCUGAUGAAUGGGAGUUCUUUGUAGAACGUAUGAAGCGUGAGGGGAUGUCUAAUAUCAAGGAGCUGUACAGUGAGAAGCAGAGGCUGAGAGAUCUCCGGCACUGGGUUUCAUACAGGGGGCAGACACUAUCACGUACUGUGAGGGGAAUGAUGUACUACUAUGAAGCUCUCAAGAUGCUGACAUUUCUUGAUUCUGCAUCUGAACAUGACUUACGGACUGGAUCCCGGGAGCUUGCUACUAUGGGCUCAUCAAGGAUAGGAUCUUCGAGACGGGAAGUGGGUUCUGAUGGGUCAGGAUAUUACAGCAGGACAUCUUCGUCACGUGCAUUGAGCAGGGCAAGCAGUAGUGUAAGCACCUUAUUUAAAGGCAGCGAGUAUGGGACUGUCCUUAUGAAAUACACUUAUGUGGUUGCAUGCCAGAUUUACGGUCAGCAGAAAGCUAAGAAUGACCCUCAUGCUUUUGAGAUUUUAGAGCUAAUGAAGAAUUAUGAAGCACUACGUGUUGCCUAUGUUGAUGAAAAGAACUCCAAUGGUGGUGAAACAGAAUAUUUCUCUGUCCUUGUGAAAUAUGAUCAGCAACUGCAGCGGGAGGUUGAGAUUUAUCGUGUUAAGUUGCCUGGACCACUGAAGCUUGGUGAAGGCAAACCAGAGAACCAAAAUCAUGCACUCAUCUUCACAAGGGGUGAUGCUGUCCAAACUAUUGAUAUGAACCAAGACAACUAUUUUGAAGAAGCUCUCAAGAUGAGAAAUCUGCUAGAGGAGUUCAAUCGCCAUUAUGGAAUUCGCAAGCCAAAAAUCCUUGGGGUUCGGGAACAUGUUUUCACUGGUUCUGUGUCUUCUCUAGCUUGGUUCAUGUCUGCCCAGGAAACAAGUUUUGUUACUCUGGGGCAGCGUGUUCUGGCAGAUCCACUGAAGGUCCGAAUGCAUUAUGGCCAUCCAGAUGUCUUUGAUCGUCUUUGGUUCUUGGGACGAGGUGGUAUCAGUAAAGCAUCAAGAGUUAUAAACAUCAGUGAGGAUAUAUUUGCUGGGUUCAAUUGUACCCUCCGUGGGGGUAAUGUUACACACCAUGAAUACAUCCAGGUUGGUAAAGGAAGGGAUGUGGGGCUCAAUCAGGUUUCCAUGUUUGAAGCCAAGGUUGCUAGUGGCAACGGUGAGCAAACUUUGAGCAGAGACGUUUAUAGACUGGGGCACAGAUUGGAUUUCUUUCGGAUGCUCUCUUUCUUUUAUACAACCAUCGGGUUUUAUUUCAACACAAUGAUGGUGGUGCUAACAGUCUAUGCAUUUGUAUGGGGGCGCUUUUAUCUCGCACUGAGUGGUCUUGAGGCUUUCAUCAGCAGCAAUACUAACUCCACAAAUAAUGCAGCGCUAGGAGCUGUCCUUAAUCAGCAGUUUGUCAUACAACUAGGCAUUUUCACUGCACUGCCCAUGAUAAUUGAAAACUCACUUGAACAUGGGUUCCUCACUGCAGUUUGGGAUUUCAUAAAAAUGCAAUUGCAGUUUGCAUCUGUUUUCUACACCUUCUCGAUGGGAACGAAGACACAUUAUUAUGGGCGGACAAUUCUUCAUGGAGGUGCAAAAUAUCGAGCCACUGGCCGUGGUUUUGUUGUGGAGCACAAAAAAUUUGCAGAAAAUUAUAGGCUGUAUGCUCGUAGCCACUUCAUCAAAGCAAUAGAGCUUGGUGUGAUAUUGACUCUUUAUGCUUCUUAUGGUAGCAGCUCUGGGAACACAUUAGUGUACAUCCUGCUGACAAUUUCCAGUUGGUUUCUAGUUCUUUCGUGGAUUCUUGCUCCAUUCAUUUUUAAUCCUUCAGGAUUGGAUUGGCUGAAGAAUUUUAAUGAUUUUGAGGAUUUCCUAAACUGGAUUUGGUUCCGGGGUGGAAUCUCAGUGAAGUCAGAUCAAAGCUGGGAGAAGUGGUGGGAAGAAGAAACUGAUCAUCUUCGGACAACUGGUCUGUUUGGGAGCAUAUUGGAAAUCAUAUUGGACCUUCGGUUUUUCUUCUUUCAAUAUGCAAUUGUUUAUCGGCUACACAUUGCCGGUACAAGCAAAAGCAUCCUUGUCUACCUUCUUUCCUGGGCAUGUGUCCUGCUGGCUUUUGUGGCUCUUGUGACAGUUGCUUACUUUCGCGACAAAUAUUCAGCAAAGAAGCACAUACGUUACCGGCUUGUCCAGGCUAUUAUUGUUGGUGCAACGGUGGCUGCUAUUGUUCUGUUGUUAGAAUUCACAAAGUUCCAAUUCAUUGAUACCUUUACCAGCCUUUUGGCUUUUCUUCCGACUGGCUGGGGAAUCAUAUCUAUUGCUCUGGUAUUCAAGCCUUAUCUGAGGAGGUCUGAGAUGGUCUGGAGAAGUGUGGUUACUUUGGCACGCCUAUAUGAUAUAAUGUUUGGAGUAAUUGUUAUGGCACCAGUAGCUGUGUUGUCAUGGCUGCCUGGACUCCAGGAGAUGCAGACGAGGAUCCUGUUCAAUGAAGCAUUUAGUAGGGGACUACAUAUUUCCCAAAUCAUUACUGGAAAAAAAUCACAUGGAGUUUGAGGUAUGAUAUGUGGUACAUAAUCCAUCCCUAAGCUGGAUUCAUCUUCCUUUUCUGAAAAUGACCUGCCUUGAUGGUAUUCUAUUGGAACGCUGCCCUUCUCAAGGUUCAUACAGGCUUCCCAGUUUAGAUUAGAUGGAUGCUAGUUCUAUGUACAGGACUCUUUAUCUUGAUUCUUCUUAACUCAAUUUACACAUGGAUUUCUAUGGUAGAGAUGAUACAGUCGAUCGAAUGGGUUGUCAAUUUGGUUUAUAUUCAUGGUUCGAGAUUUGGUAGCUUAUUAGAAAUUUUGUAGCGAAACAGAGCUGUACAAACUUUAUCGUGAAUGCACCUGCUUAUGCCGUGCGUAGAUCUCUUGAGGUGGCUGCCCUUUUUGUUGUAAAGUUUAUUGUUUGCUGUUUGCGCAUACCUGCACAUACACCUUCAUUGUGGUGAGAUAGUAAUUUUGUACUCCCAACUGUCAUUAGAAAUGCCAUUUGUUGGCUCGUUCGAGCAUCAGCAUGCUGAA